AUGAUAACUGAACUACAAGAUCAUAGUAGUAAACUUAUAGAUCUUAGUAGUAAUCUUAUCAUAGAUCUUAGUAGUAAACUUAUCAUAGAUCUUAGUAGUAAACUUAUCAUAGAUCUUAGUAGUAAACUUAUCAUAGAUCUUAGUAGUGAACUUAUCAUAGAUCUUAGUAGUAAACUUAUCAUAGAUCUUAGUAGUGAACUUAUCAUAGAUCUUAGUAGUGAACUUAUCAUAGAUCUUAGUAGUGAACUUAUCAUAGAUCUUAGUAGUAAACUUAUCAUAGAUCUUAGUAGUGAACUUAUCAUAGAUCUUAGUAGUGAACUUAUCAUAGAUCUUAGUAGUAAACAUAUCAUAGAUCUUAGUAGUGAACUUAUCAUAGAUCUUAGUAGUGAACUUAUCAUAGAUCUUAGUAGUGAACUUAUCAUAGAUCUUAGUAGUGAACUUAUCAUAGAUCUUAGUAGUAAACAUAUCAUAGAUCUUAGUAGUAAACUUAUCAUAGAUCUUAGUAGUGAACUUAUCAUAGAUCUUAGUAGUAAACAUAUCAUAGAUCUUAGUAGUGAACUUAUCAUAGAUCUUAGUAGUGAACUUAUCAUAGAUCUUAGUAGUGAACUUAUCAUAGAUCUUAGUAGUGAACUUAUCAUAGAUCUUAGUAGUGAACUUAUCAUAGAUCUUAGUAGUAAACAUAUCAUAGAUCUUAGUAGUGAACUUAUCAUAGAUCUUAGUAGUAAACAUAUCAUAGAUCUUAGUAGUGAACUUAUCAUAGAUCUUAGUAGUGAACGACCCUGCUGGUUAUGUUAUUAA